AUGUCGUAGUGAUGUAAACAGAGUAGUUACUUUUCAUUAUCAAGUCGGGAGGGGAAAGGGGAAACACCAAAUUAGGUCGUCUUGACCACCGAUUUCAUUUUCUCUCGUCGAGUCGUCGGCGUCAUCAACCUCACCUCCGAGGCUCCAACUUCUUCUCCGCCGCAAGCCAGUCCACUAUCCCACCUUCAUUCAGAAACCGACUGGAAGCCGAAGCCCAAUUGUAGCUGCCAGCUACCAUUUAGGAAUCCAAACACCAUGGAGGACAAAACCGUCAAAACAAUCGAUUUUCUUCGUGCACGAUUACUAGCAGAAAGAUCCGUCUCAAGAACAGCAAGACAACGAGCUUACGAAUUGUCAAAAAGGGUAUCAGAGUUAGAAAAGCAGCUGAAAUACGUAUCCCUUCAAAGAAAAAAAGCAGAAAAAGCAACAGUAGAUGUUCUUCUAAUUUUAGAAAACCAUGGAAGAAACGAUCUUUCUGAACAAUUCAAUUCAAGCUCAGAUCAAGACGAAAUAUCCAGUCAGCAUGCUGAAACAGAAACAUCGACACAACUACAACAUGUGAAAUCAAAACCCCAGGAAAGUGAAUUCUCAAGCUCCGAGGUUGAAUCUUCUAGAAGCUUAUCCUGGAAAAGCAGUAAAAAUUCCUCCUCACGUUUUCUUGAAAAAAAAUACACCGAAGCUUCUAGAAGAAGACGUAGUAAUAGCUUUACAUCCACCGGUUCUUCACCAAGACGCGUUGGUAAAUCAUGUCGCCAGAUCAGACACAGAGAACAUAGGUCACCAAAUGAUGACGUGGCACAAAAAAAUGAUGGAAGUGAAAAAGACAUGGAAAGGGCGUUGGAACGUCAAGCUCAAUUUAUCGCGCGAUAUGAAGCAGAGGAAAAGGCACAAAGAGAAUGGGAGGAUAAGUUUAGAGAAAAUGACUGGUGUGACCCUGGGACCCACUCAGAUGUAACAGAGGAAAGAGACGAAAUUAAGGGUGCAGCUCCUCCGGUCAUACCAUCACCUUGCUGUAAUGACAAAACUACCCCUGGAAGUGGAAGUGAAGAAAUUGAUGCCAAAUUAAGUGAAGAACCCAACAUCAAGAUCGAGACUGAAGACCCAAAGAACAGUGACGUGGUCAACAAUGUCAAUGUGUCAGAUAAUCAAAUUCAAAACCAUCCACAAUCUACACAGUUUAUCCCAGGACACGUGUCAUCUUCUCAAAACAGUAGCUUGUUGGAUAAAGGUGAAGAAACUUCAGGUAAUAAGUCAUAUGAAACUAACGUUGGAACUCAUGAAAAUCCGGGUGAAUUGGGAUCUGUUCUUGAGGCGCUUCAACAGGCUAAAUUAUCACUUAGAUCCCUCGAAAAAGUUCCAUUGUUACAAAAUGGUCCCUCUGUUCCUGCUUACAGAUCCAUGGAGAAAUUCCCAGUUCCUUUCAGCUCUGUUGGGCUUUUCAGGUUACCAAUUGAUUAUGAAUAUGGAGCUGGAGUUAACAAUAAUAAUAAUAACUUAUUAACUUAUGAUUCUAGAUUAAGUUUGACUAGUCAACAACACACUGGGCCUUCUGGAGGUCAAUUUGGUCAAUUUGUUACAGAAUCCCUUUCUAGUUCAUCUGGGUCUCUUGAUGAUCGAUUUCGCAUGGUCCCCACCUUCCCUUACCAAGAAACCGGCUUGCCUGCCCUUGACCCAAGAUUUGGUGUGGGUCCGCCUGCCCGUGACCCAAGAUUGGAUGUGGGUUUUGGCCCGUCUGCCCGUGACCCAAGAUUGGAUGUGGGUUUUGGCCUGUCUGCCCGUGAUCCAAGAUUUGAUGUGGGUGCCCGUGACCCAAGAUUGGAUGUGGGUUUGGGCCUGUCUGCCAAUGAUCCAAGAUCACUUGUGGGUUUGGGCCUGUCUCCCCGUGAUCCAAGAUUUGAUGUGGGUGCCCGUGACCCAAGAUUGGAUGCGGGUUUCGGUCAGGCUGCCCGUGAUUCGCGAUUGGAAAUUGGCCCGACUUUUCAAGCCCGAUCAUUAUAUGGUGAUUAUAUCAGACCAAAUAUGUACAAGUAAGAUUGCAUGGAACAAUGUGUAAAGCUUUUAAUAUAUUUGGUAGUUAAAAGGUGGGUUUCUUUGUUUUUUGUUGGGUUCUGUAUUUAUAAGCUAAUUAUACAAUAUACUUGUAUCAUUGUGAUUUGUGAAAUAGACUUAGAUGUAUUCAUGUUGUA